UGUGUCUGCGUCCCGGGAGCGAGAUCCGUACCCACGUGUAGCUGCCGCGUGCGCGCGCAUGUGUUCGCGUUUAUCCCCCUCUUCCUCUGCCCACCCGCAAUCCUUUUCUAAUACGAGGUACUGAAAACUCUACCGUCUCGAACGAGGUACCGAAACCCAGGGAGGCGGGGGUCGGGUCCUGAAGCGAUGACCAGGCGCCGCUGCCGGCCGGCGCCCCGCGGCUCCGGCGGAAAAUCCGCCAAGGGCCUCUCCCAGGAUGGCCCAAGCGCGCAGCCCCGCCGGGAUGCCGAGCUGAGGAAGCAGCGGCAAGAGGAGCUGCGCGAGAAGCAGCGCGCGGCCCGUGAGCAAGAGAAAGUCCGGCGGCGCAGCCUGGAGAGCCUGCAGCGCGAGGCCCUACGGCGGCAGCGCGAGCACGAGCAGCGCGAGCACGACCUCCGCGCCUUGGAGCAGCAGCAGUACCUGCAGCUGGAGCGCGAGGCCUCCCGCAAGGCCUACUACCGCGAGUUUAAGAAGGUGGUGGACGCGGCCGACGUGGUGCUGGAGGUGCUGGACGCCCGCGAUCCGCAGAGCUGCCGCUGCCCGCAGGUGGAGCAGGCCGUCCUGCAGGCGCGGGGCGGCAAGAAGCUGGUGCUCGUGCUCAACAAGAUCGACCUGGUGCCCCGGCAGCUGGUGGAGAAGUGGCUGGCCUAUCUGCGCAACGAGUUCCCCACGGUGGCCUUCAAGGCGUGCACGCAGCAGCAGCAGCGCCACCUGCAACAGAGCCGGGUGCCCGCCCGGCAGGCCUCGGCCGGGCUGCUGAGCAGCGGCGCCUGCGUGGGCGCCGACUGCCUCCUCAAGGUCCUGGGGAACUACUGCCGCAGCCAGGACCUGCGCACCGCCAUCCGAGUCGGCGUCGUGGGCUUCCCCAACGUGGGCAAGAGCAGCCUCAUCAACAGCCUCAAGAGGGCGCGCGCCUGCAGCGUGGGCGCCACGCCCGGGGUCACGCGGUGCCUGCAGGAGGUCCACCUGGACAAGUACGUGACGCUGCUGGACUGCCCCGGGCUCGUGCUGUCCGCCCCCAGCUCGGACAGCGCGCUCGUGCUGCGCAACUGCAUCAAAGUGGAGCAGCUGGCCGACCCCGUGACCCCGGUGGAGGCCAUACUGCGCCGCUGCAGCCGCGAGCGCCUCUCGCGCCACUACGGCGUGGCCGGCUUCGAGAGCCCGGCCGAGUUCCUGGCGCUCCUGGCGCAGAGGCUGGGCCGCCUGAAGAAGGGGGGCACCCCCGACCGGGAGAGCGCGGCCAGGGCCGUGCUGACGGACUGGAUGAACGGCAGGAUCAGCUACUACACGCACCCGCCCGAGACGCACCGGCUCCCCGCGCACAUCAGCGCCGAGAUCGUGGCCGAGAUGGGCCGGGCCUUCGACUUCGAGGCGCUGGAGCAGGGCAACAUGGAGGCCCUGGCCAGCAUGCCCUCGCAGGCCGGCGCGCCCUCCUCGCAGGCCGGGGACCGUGGCCAGCAGCCUCCCCGCGAAAGGGAGGAAGAGAUGCUGGAGGAGGAGGCGGAGGAGGAGUUCUGGGACGCCCGAGAAGAUCUGGAGUCCGGCAUGGACGAAGACAAAGAUCCCGAGUUUGGGGCCCUCACCGUGGAGCCCAAGGAGGGCAAGAGCAAGAAGCCGGCCGAGACUGAGCAGAAGCCCGCCCCCACCCCGCGGCUGGAGGAGAUCUGGGCCCUGGAUCCUCUCCAUCAGGGCCAGGGCCUGGCGGCGGCCUGCAAAAAGAGAAAGAAGAUGCAGAAGAGAGCGAAUAAGCUCGCCACCAAGCUGUCUGACAGCUUCGUGGCGGCGCUGGACCUCGGCAUGGCGGACGCCUGAAGCGGGCCGGGACCCCAGGGAGGCCCAUGCGGCCUGGAGCGUCCACAAAGGGCGGGCUGGCUUAAAAAGAAAUCGGAGGCAAGAGUUCGGGGAGGCCCCGAUAUGUGAGGGGGAUCCGGCUCGGCUUCGGGAUGUGGGGUCUGAUCCCGGCCUCGGUGGGGAAGCCACCACCGCUAGUGAGCGAGCACGGGGGAGAAAGCCUCCAGGUAACCCUGCGGGGAAGCAGAGGGAACGCUUCCGAGGGCAGCGCCAGGCGCAAUCCGGGGUGGUGUAGGGCUCAUUAACUGAUGGGUUCCAGUUGUGUGUUCGUGUUUACCAGGAAGUGAAGCAUCGUCUUACUACAGAUUGGGCCCAGGGGUGGGGGAACCUUAAGUGGUACAUAAAAUACAGCUACUAAAAACA